GGCUCUUUUAGAGAAAUUUAAAUGUCUUUUUCAUGCAAUCAUUCUCUGGAUGGCAGCUUUCCUCCGUCCCCAGCGGAGGACAGGGGCUCACAGAGGCUGUCCUGGGGCAGUUUACUGCAGAGGCUGACAGAGCUGAAGGGAAGCAGCCAGAGGGUCACAGUGGAUCCCUACUGCAGGAGUGAAACUGGGUCUGAGGCCGACCUGUCCCUCUCAGAGUUAGACAACAGCUUCUUUUAUCCACUGGAGGAGAACUUGGCCUCUGAGGUUGCAUCCACCAUCGCACAAAGCCUCAGCGAAGCCUCACAUCUCCUGGGUUGCUCCAAACUCAUCCUGCCUGACUGUCUUCUGCACAACAUAAGUCAAGAGCUCCUGCACUUGGCUAUCAGCGAGCCCUGUGGGCUCAGAGGAGCACUCAUCGACCUGUACGUGGACAAGGGGGACCAGAGUUCACUGUGUCUGGUGGAUGAAAUAGCAGUGGAUCCUUCCCUGGUCCCGAUUUUCCACAUGACCCUGGUGCUGAGGCUGCAGUCCAGCGGGCUGUGGCCGAAGGUUCAGAAGCUGUUCAAAAGUAACAAACCCCGGCAGACAGCUGCACCAACUCUGAGGCUGAGCACGGGCUUCAGAGCAAUCAAGAGAAAACUGUACUGCUCUGGGGAGCUGCUCAUCGAGGACUGCUGCUAAUCCAUCUGUCUCUUCCUGACAGACAGACUGCUGAAACAGGCCUACUGAUUUCAAUAAAGUUUGGUUAAGAUCCCAACAUUCAUGAAAAGAACCAUUAAGAUGGUCCAAAAAGAACAAGAGAAAUGCCUUGUUUGUGUGUUACCUGCAUGUGCUAGUUUAUGUCUCAUGGCAGCUAUUUUUUGUUUUUUUUAUACAUCAUGGGUCAAAUGCUUCUAUGAAUGUAAAAUCACACCUGUAAGGGAAUGACUGAUGUGUUUGAUGGUCAAAUAUCAUCAUCUGAACAAUAUCUUUUGUAUUUUUAACUACUUGAA